AUGGCGACUCCGCGAGUUCUUCGUUUCGACGCCGACGGUAGACCCCUUGACUUUUCCGUCUGGCUUCUUCGCGCUCGUCGUCUGUUAGAGAGUCAGGUCCAGGGGGGCGAGACCCUCUGGUCACACGCUACUAGUGACCUCCCCGAGCCCCCCGAGCCUACAGCUUUAGGCCCUGCUCCUGACGACGCUGCUACGGCUCGCUUUGCCCGUCAGCGCGCUGACCGGACGGCUUGGACGUCGCGUGACGCUGCGGCCUGCAUCGCACUCAGCAGCCUCCUCCCUGAGUCUGAGGAGGUCCACUUUACUCAGGUUCGCACCGCUGCUGCGUACCUCACUGCGAUUAAGGCCCGCUACUCUACUCCCGCUACUGUCUCUCUCGGCCGUCUUUUCCUCCCGUUCCUGUUUCCUGAUCUUGCCUCGUUUGAGCGCUCUGCUGACUUGAUCGCUCACCUCCGCUCGCUCGACGCUAGUUACCGCGCUGCUUGCACUGAGGCACAGCUUGCACUGCUUCCUCCCCCCAUGGCGAUUACUGUCUAUUUCAUCGCCACUAGCCUCCCUGACCGCCUUGCCUCCGUUCGUGACGCGCUUCUGCUGAAGCACCCUAGUGAGCUGACUAUCGAGGUCCUUGAGUCUGCACUCAAGGACGUCGAGAGCAACCUUCGUUCGGUAGCUGCCGCCUCUGGUACUGUGUCCCCCCCACUCUUCCACGGGUGCACAGUCCCGCAGUUACCCACUUUCACUGCCUCUCUUGCCACUGCCGCUACUGACGCGACUGCGGCUGCUGUUACGACUGCGUCGCGGUCCCGCGGCAGGGGGGGCAAGAAAGGUGGUUCCGGUGGAGGAGGAGGCGGAGGUAGCGGAGGUAGUGGGGGUGCUGUUGCGACUGGCGGUGGUGGGAGUGCAGCGUCUGGAGAGACCCCUCGUGCAGCGGCUGGUGACUCCACUGCACUUGCUGGUGGCGGCGACCCUCGAGCUCGUCAGUCGCCUCCUGUACUGCCGGCCCCGCUAGGUGGAGCAGCGGCGUGGUACCAGGCUCAGCGUCAGCAGCACCUUCAGCAGCAGCAGCAGCCCCUUUCCUCCCAGCAGCCUCAGCAGCAGCAGCGUCAGCAGCUGGCUCCGGGGUCGGGGCUGCGUCAGCCCCAGCGCGAUGCUGCUUACCCUCCCUGCCCCUACCAGGUUCAGACAGGUCCUCGUCGGGGCCACCCUUGUGGCCGCUUUCACCCCCCUGGUCAGUGCUUUUCUCAGCUCACUGACACGGUCCGGUUGACCUACGGGGUUGGCGGUCCUGCUCCUGACUGGCUUCCUCUGGUUCAGCGCUACGGCUCCGCUCUGUGGGGCAUGUCUACUGAGCAGUUAGUUGAUCUGAUUAGUGCUCCUCAUGCUAUGUAUGCUGUUGUUGACUCUAGUGUUUCUGACUCUAUUUACUCUGGUGUUGUUAGCUUAGGUGCUAGUCUUGCUGAGUUGCCUGUUGCUAGUGUAGUCACUGCACGUCACACUACCACUUUACCGUGUCCUGCUGCUCCCUCCGGGUCUCUCACUGGGUUUCACGUCCCCUCGUUCUCCCGGAACUUGGUGGGCGUGCGACCCCUCGUGAGUCAGCACGUGGGUGUGUGGUUUGAGCCUUCUGGAGAGACUGCGGUGUGUGUUGACGGAGACUCUUACCAGCCUCUUGCUACCUUUACUGCUGAGCCGGGCUCGGGUCUCUACACUCUUCACACUGGCCCGCGUGCGCCGCAGCAGCAACAGCACCAGCGGCCGCACCAGCAGCCCCCCCUACUGCCACUGCCCCCGGUUCCCCCCCCCCGUUCGGGUCCCCGCGUCUCACCAGGUUGCUUCGUCCCCCCAGGUGUCUGUGUCGUGUCAGGUUCCUACGUCUGUUCCAGUCGCUGCGUUGUGCUCCUGCCGGUCGCUUGCCCACCCCACCGUUCUGUGGCACCACCGGAUGGGGCACCCGUCCCUUCCACGUCUGCGCGCUAUGUCUAG